GUCCCUGGAGCGCGGGGCGGGCUGUGGACGCCGGUGGAAGAGUCGCUGGCUUUUCCGGGUGAGGACUGGCAUGUUCCUGCAUCAAGUUUGCUUCCGCAGACCUUUUGAUGCCUGACCUUCCUAUACCGAUUACAUUCAACAUCUUGUUUAGAAAAUGGGUCCUACAGGACGCCUUGUUACCAUCAAAAGGAGCGGGGCGGACGGCCCCCACUUUCCACUGAGCCUCAGCACCUGCUUGUUCGGAAGGGGUAUUGAAUGUGACAUUCGCAUCCAGCUCCCUGUAGUCUCAAAACAACAUUGCAAAAUUGAAAUCAAUGGGCAGGAGGCAAUGCUGUUUAAUUUCAGUUCCACGAAUCCAACACAAGUCAAUGGAUCUACCAUUGAUGGACCUGUACAACUAAAGCAUGGAGAUGUGAUCACUGUUGUUGACCGUUCCUUCAGGUACGAAAAUGAAAGUCACGAGGACAGAAGGAAGUCAACUGAAUUCCCAGGACAAAGACGCAAACAGGAAUCUCUGCAUCGAGUCUCAAGAUCUAGCCUCUCUUCCGACCCUGACGGGAAGCUUCAAGAUUCCGAUGUCCGUUCAAGAGCCUCUGAAGACAGUGUUUCAGGAAGGCCUCUGAAGAAUGUCCAAGCAGCGGGCACGGUCUCUGGUGGCUGUGAGGACCGGGUUGCAAGCAGAACGCCUAAUGUCGUCCGUCCCUUGGAACUUGCUGGAGGUAACUCCAGAAAUACCACAGAUCCUACAGGCAGGGAUUCUAAGGAAGAUUUCAGCAUAACGUUAGCGAGCUGUAAAGGAGACCUGAAGCCUUUACCCUCUACGCUGGGUCUGGAGAAUGGUGCAAACAAUGAAUCUCCCUUUAAGAAGCUUUACGAGUCAAUGAAGGAAGAGCUUGAUGUGAAAUCAGAAAAAGGAGAUGUGCUACAGAGCGGUAAAAAAUCAGGAACGCGGAGUCAUCGCCCACCAGAGAAGGAACGUUCUGGUGAUUUACAAGGCGGGACACAAGUCCCAGGGUCACUUAAAUCCAGACCUAGGUCAGGUCGGAGCACCCAAAUGAAGGCAGAUCCUGCUUUGGGAGAACAAGGUAUUAGCCAGACCGAGGACAGGAGACAAGGUGAGGAGGCUGGGGAGACUCCCAAGGAGACCAGGGGUCCCAUCGUCCCUCCUGAGGAGAUGACAGCAACCAAGACCCUGGCACAACGUUCCCCGCAGGCCUCGCGGAAACGUCAGCGUGAAGACAUGACGGUCACCGGCGGAAGCGCGUCUGUGAAUUUGGAUCAAAAGGAAGGCUUCAGGACAGAUAACAAGACGUUUACUCCUAGGAAGUCCUUAGCCAGAAACCAAACACCCGCUAAAGUCGAAAACGCUGAUAAUUUUGGAGAUACACCAGAAAACCUCUUUUCCAAAAGGAGGAGGAGUAUUCCUACCAGUGUGGACAUUCUUACGCCAGAAUCAGAAACUCAGAAUCACGCGAUUUUAGCUCCGUUGCCCGUUCAAGUUGAAAGGAAGAUUCCAAACAGUUCCGUCCACCAGCCUGAGAAAGCGGGCGCCGCCGUGGGGCGCAUGCACUCUGGGUUACCUGGUCGUAGUUCAGUUGAUACAAGCAACUUUGGGGACUCCAUCAAUAAGACUGAGGGAACACCCCUGAAAAGAAGGCGGGUCUCCUUUGGUGGUCGUCUGAAGCCGGAGUUAUUUGAUGAAAACUUACCUCCUAAUACACCUCUCAAGAGAGGAGAAACACCCAGAAGGUCACUUGUAAGCCACACUCCACCUGUCCUGAAGAAAAUCAUCAAGGACCGUCCUCAACCAUCGGGAAAAGAAGAUUCUUCCGGACUCCAUUUGGAAGUGACCACACAACCGCAGUUCGCGGGAUCUCCAGCUCGUGAUCCGACCAGGACUUCUCCAGGUGCCCGUGACCCACGUCGCAGGUCACCCAAGGCGUCCUCGGUCUCCGGCGGCAGCAAAUCUCAUCACACGGAUGUUCCUAAGAGGGGAGGCAGGAAGAGCGGUGGCUUGCUUUCAAAGAGAACCUCCAUCGACCGGAGCCAGCAUGACAUCUUGCAGAGGAUUUACUCCAAAAGAAGGAGCGGAGCUUCUGAAGCCAAUUUAGUCGUGGCGAAGUCGUGGGCGGACGUAGUGAAACUCGGGGCCAAACAGACCCAGGCUAAAGCGGUCAAACACGGCCCCCAGCGACAGCUGAGCAAAAGGCCAAGAAAAGCGAACACUCCGAAGAAGCCUGUUAGUGGCGUUCACAGUGAGUUUAGUACAGGCCAUGCCAACUCUCCUUGUACCAUAAUAAUAGGGAAAGCUCACCUUGAAAAAGUAAAUGUGCCUGCCCGGCCCUACAGAAUGCUCAACAACUUUGUCAUCAACAAGAAGGUGGACUUCAAUGAAGAUCUGUCAGGGUUAACUGAAAUGUUCCAGACUCCAGCAGCGAAAGUGAAGCCACAAACGAUGAGCCUGCGUCCCAGCGCUUUCUCAGAUUCAGAGGACGCUGUCAGAAAAGAGUUUCAAGUACCUGACUCGGGAGAAAAACCUCUGCUAUGCACGUCAGAAACUUUUGGAGAGAAUGUAUUCCCCGUGACUCAGAAUGGACCGCAAGAGCCGUCUGAUAAAAGCCUCGCGAGCCCUGUCCUCAGACGUCAGAGUGUCAGAGUAAAUGUGAACAUUGAGAAAACUCCGGGAUCGGGGGCUCCGAAGGCCACGUCAAGCGCCAACAGGCUUCGAAGGUCCGUGGGGCCCAGAAGUAUACAGAUGCCAGGAGCAGGGCACAAGGACGAAGAAGCCAAGAUGGACACUGUGGAGAAUGUUCCGGGACGACUUCUGAGGAAGACCCCGCAACGAGAACAGAAACUGGAGGGAGCAGCGAAGGAACAGGAGAGCUAUUUUGAAGCGAGUGAGAACGAUACCGAGCCAAAGGAAAAUUCUGAAGAGGUGGUCGCAGUGAGGAGAUCGAGAAGAUAUUCGGAGCAAAGCCAGGAACCAGCUGCAGACCUGACCCCCCUCAAGACAUGGCAAGACACAGAACCCAAGGAAGACCUGGGAGGCAUCCAAGGUCUCCUCCGCACGCCCAUUCGUGUGCAGGAACCAAAGGAGGCUGAGAAUAAAACCGCAGAAAAGCUCCAGAAAUCUUCAAAGUUGGAACUAGCUGGCACGCCAGCCGCAAUGAGCGUACAGCUUGAGACCCCUCCCCAGAAAGUGGACCUGGAGGAAGAGCCCCUGGCUCUCGGGAAGCCCAUCCAGAUGCCAGGAGGAAGCACACACUCACACAGAGAACCUGCAGGUGGUGAUAAAAACAGCGGAUUGUUUAAUAGAACUCCAGAGCAGAAGCUGAGCCCUGCGGAAAAACUACCUGGAAGCAAGAGGCGGCCAAGAACACCCAAGAAAAAGAAUCAUUCUCUAGAAGACCUGGCUGGACUCAGAGAGCUCUUUCAAACCCCAAGCCACACAGAUAAACCAAUGACUGGUCACCAAACCACCAAAGCACCCUGCAAAUCUCCGCUACCAGGACCAGGCAACACGCCAGCGAGUCAAAAGAGGCGGCUCGAGACCCCUCCCCAGAAAGUGGGCCUGGAGGAAGAGCCCUCUGCUCUCAGGAAGCCCACCCAGACGCCAGGGGAAAGCACAAACUCACACAGAGAACCUGGAGGUGAUGAUGAAGACAUCAACUUGUUUAACAAAACUCCAGGGCAGAAACCAAAUCCUGCAGUAACUAGAAGCAAGAGGCGGCCAAGAACACCCAAGAAGAAGGCCCAUUCUCUAGAAGACCUGGCUGGACUCAGAGAGCUCUUUCAGACCCCAAACCACACAGAUAAACCAAUGGCUGAUGACCCAGCUACCAAAGCGCCCUGCAAAUCUCCCCUAGCAGAGCUAGUCAACACACCCGCAAGUCGCAGGAGGCUGUGCAAGACCCCUCCGCAGAAAGUGGACCUGGAGGAAGAAGCUUCGGCUCUUCAGAAGUCCACCCAGAUGCCAGGGGAAAGCCCACACGAACACAGAGAGCCAGUAGGCGGUGAUGAAGACAUCGGAUUGUUCAAGGAAACCCCAAAGCAGAAACUGGACCCUGCAGAAAAUGUAGCUGGAAGCAAGAGGCGGUCAAGAGCACCCAAGAAAAAGGUCCAGUCCCUAGAAGACCUGGUUGGCCUCAAAGAGCUUUUCCAAACCCCAGAGCACACUCCAGACCCUGUGACUGUUGACCAAACCACCAGAGUUCCCUGCAAAUCUCCACGAGCAGAACCAGUCAACACGCCAGCAAGUAGAAAUAGGCGGCUCAAGACCCCUCAGAAAGUGGACCUGGAGGAAGAGCCCUCUGCUCUCAGGAAGUCCACCCAGAUGUCAGGAGGAAGCCCACACGAACACAGAGAGCCAGUAGGUGGUGAUGAAGACAUCAAAUUGUUCAAGGAAACCCCAAAGCAGGAACUGGACCCUGCAGAAAAUGUAGCUGGAAGCAAGAGGCGGCCAAGAACACCCAGGAAAAAGGCCCAUUCUCUAGAAGACCUGGAUGCACUUAGAGGGCUCUUCCAAACACCAGACCACACAGAUAAACCAAUGACUGGUGACCAAACUACCAAAGCACCCUGCAAAUCUCUGCUAGCAGGACCAGGCAACACGCCAGCGAGUCAAAAGAGGUGGCUCGAGACCCCUCCACAGAAAGUGGGCCUGGAGGAAAAGCCCCCUUCUCUCAGGAAACCCACCCAGAUGCCAGGGGAAAGCACAAACUCACACAGAGAACCUGGAGGUGAUGAUGAAGACAUCAACUUGUUUAACAAAACUCCAGGGCAGAAACCAAAUCCUGCAGUAACUAGAAGCAAGAGGCGGCCAAGAACACCCAAGAAGAAGGCCCAUUCUCUAGAAGAUCUGGCUGGACUCAGAGAGCUCUUUCAAACCCCAAACCACAUAGAUAAACCAAUGGCUGAUGACCCAGCUACCAAAGCGCCCUGCAAAUCUCCCCUAGCAGAGCUAGUCAACACACCCGCAAGUCGCAGGAGGCUGUGCAAGACCCCUCCGCAGAAAGUGGACCUGGAGGAAGAAGCCUCGGCUCUUCAGAAGUCCACCCAGAUGCCAGGGGAAAGCCCACACGAACACAGAGAGCCAGUAGGCGGUGAUGAAGACAUCGGAUUGUUCAAGGAAACCCCAAAGCAGAAACUGGACCCUGCAGAAAAUGUAGCUGGAAGCAAGAGGCGGCCAAGAACACCCAAGAAAAAGGUCCAGUCCCUAGAAGACCUGGUUGGCCUCAAAGAGCUUUUCCAAACACCAAGCCACACAGAUAAGCCAAUGGCUGGUGACCAAACCACCAAAGCACCCUGCCAAUCUCCACUAGCAGGACCAGGCAACAUGCCAGCAAGUAAAAAGAGGCGCCUCGAGACCCCUCCCCAGAAAGUGGGCCUGGAGGAAGAGCCCCCGGCUCUCGGGAAGUCCAACCAGAUGCCAGGGGAAAGCCCACACGAACACACAGAAUCAGGAGGAGAGGAUAAAGACAUUAAAUUGUUUAACAAAACUCCAGAACAGAAACUGAAACCUGCAGACAACGUAACUGGAAGCAAGACGCGGCCAAGAACACCCCAAAAAAAGGUCCAGUCCCUAGAAGACCUGGUUGGCCUCAAAGAGCUUUUCCAAACCCCAGAGCAAACCAAGAAAACAACAGCUGUUGUCAAAACCACAAUAGUGCCCUGCAAAUCUCCGCUAGCAGAAACAGUCAACAUACCAACCCACAUGAAGACACGGCUCAAGGUAGCUCUGGGGAAGGUCACCGUAGAGAAUGAGCUCUCAGCUGUCACGAAGCCCACCCAAAGGUCAGAGGAAGCCACACGCACACACAGAGAACCAGUAGGGGAAGAUGAAGACAUCAGAUUGUUCAAGGAAACUCCAAAGCAGAAACUGAAACCUGAGGAAGAUGUAACUGGAAGCAAGAGGCAGCCAAGAACACCCAAGAAAAAGGUCGAGUCCCUAGAAGACCUGGUUGGUCUCAAAGAGCUUUUCCAAACCCCAGACCCAGGGACUGGUGACCAAACCACCAAAUUUUCCUGUAAAUCUCCACGAGCAGAAACAGUCAACACGCCAGCAAGUGGAAAGAGGUGGCUCGAGACCCCUCCCCAGAAAGUGGACCUGGAGGAAGAGCCCUCAGCUCUCAGGAAGCCCACCCGGAUGCCAGGAGAAAGCCCACACGAACACAGAGAACCUGGAGGUAAGGAGGAAGACAUCAUCUUGUUUAAGGAAACCGUAAAGCGGAAACUGAACCCUACAGAAAAUGUAACUGGAAGCAAAAAGCAGCCAAGAACACCCAGGAGGAACAUCCAGUCUUUAGAAGACCUGGUUGGCCUCAAAGAGCUUUUCCAAACACCAAACCACACAGAUAAGCCAAUGACUGGUGACCAAACCACCAAAGCACCCAGCCAAUCUCCACUAGCAGGACCAGGCAACAAGCCAACCAAUAGAAGGAGGCGGCUCAAGACCCCUCCCCAGAAAGUGGACCUGGAGGAAGAACCCUCAGCUCUCAGGAAGCCCACCCAGCUGCCAGGGGAAAGCCCACAUGAACACGGAGAACCUGUAGGUGGUGAUGCAGACAUCGGAUUGUUCAAGGACACCCCAAAGCCGAAACUGGAGCCUGUAAGAAACGUAUCUAGAAGCAAGAGGCGGCCAAGAACACCCAAGAAAAAGAUCCAGUCCUUAGAAGACCUGGCUGGUCUCAAAGAGCUUUUCCAAACCGCAGACCCAGUGACUGGUGACCGAACCACCAAAGCGCCCUUCCAAUCUCCGCUUGCAGGACCAGGCAACAAGCCUACCAAUAGAAGGAGGCGACUCAAGACCCCUCCCCAGAAAGCUGAUCUUAAGGAAGAGCCCUCAGCUCUCAGGAAGCCCACCCAAACGCCAGAGGAAAGCACUCACUCACUCAGAGAAUCAGGAGGUGAUGAUAAAGACGUUAAAUUGUUUAAUAGAACUGCAAAGCAGAAACUGGGCCCCACAGAAAACGUAACGGGCAGGAAAAAUCGGCCAAGAGCGCCGAACCCCACCCAACCCCUGGAAGACCUGACCAGUUUCAGAGAGUCCUUCCCGAGGCCAGAUCACACCAAGCAACGGGGUGAUGCUGGUAGCAUCCAGGGAGCUCCAAAGCAAACACCAGACGGAGGGAAACCUGUGGAACCCCUAGCAAGAGUCCGUAGGGCCCCUCGAGGAAAGCCCGUGGAAGAUCUGGCAGGCCACCGAGACCCUGUAAAAUCUCUGAGUGAAAGCAGCGUUUCCCCGUCCCAUAGAGGGGGAAAACGAGGAAACGAGGGAGGUGGCCCAGGAACAAAGAGGCUGCGCUCUGUGACACCUGCCCAGGCCACUGCCGAAGAGAAGCCUCCCCUGAAGAAAAGAAGGGGGGCCCCCAGAGAAGGACGUGACCCCCCUGAGCCCCUGACCGCGAAGAGAAAGCUAAGGAUUGUAGCGGAAAGGAUGGAAGUCCCAGAGGACCUGACCAGCAGCAAGAGGGAAAGCAGGACAGAGGGGCGAGAAGUAGGAAGGACGACGGCCUCUCCACCACAGGUGAUGUCUCUCCGCUCGAGACGGCCAAAUAAAACCAAGCUCGAAGAGCAAAGGCCCGAGCCUGUUAAAGCAGCAGCAGAGAAAGCGAAGCCAGACAGAAAUGACAAGAAGCCCCGGAAGACCUCCCAACAGACGAAGCCACAAAGCCCUGAAGGCGGAGCCAAGAGUUCUACACCUGCGGGCCGAGUCCGUGCAAGCAGAAUGUGUCUACGGUCUGCAAGACCGAGGAAGGUGCCCUUGCCUGACGUGGCAGAGGAGAAGCAAAGCGAGAAAGGCGUGGGUGGCCACAUGAAGAAUCAGGAGGAAGAAGUAACGCAACGUUCAGACGUCAUGUCUUUGAGAUCCAGAAAAGUUAAGAUCCCUCCUGGAGGAAAUGCUUUGGAGAGUGAAUCCCAACAGCGAGUAACUCGGAGUGCGAAGAGAUGUGCUGGCAAUAUAAAAAAGGAUGAGGACAAUGCGUGCAUCAAGAAAAUAAGAACCAGAAGUCGUCGGGACAAUGAAGAUGUUUAGCUAAGACGUUUAAAAGGGGUGGGGGGAAGCGAUACAUUCCAUUUAGUGCUAUGUGUUAGUAGCAUAUUUGGGUCAAUUUAAAAGGGAGUUGUGUAAAUAAUGUUAUUCGGGUGUCUAAGAAAUCUUAGAAUUUUCUAUCUCCAGAUGGCAUAUUCACAGAGGCCUCGUGGAGGUCAUGGAGAAGACUAUCCACCAUCACUCACAGAGUGAUAAAAACGUAAACCUUGGGUUGGGGCGGGUGGGGGGCUUGGGACCUAGAAAUGGCUUUCAACUUGGCAAAAUGUGGCCCUGAAGUUUAUGACCCGUCCGUCCUUGUCAGCCGUGUAUGCCAGCACGUGCCGCACGGCUCUGUAAAUGCUUCACGUGGGUCUGGGUCCCACAUCAGAAUGUGAAAGCAGGGGCUUCUGUCUCUGUGUCCCCAACACUGGGCAGGCACUCAGGAAACGUUAGGGAAUGGGCAGAUUCGAAUGGAUUAAUGAGACGUGUCAGAUAUUUCUUUACAAUGGGGGAGGCUUUUGGCCCCGCUCGCCACGGCUCUUGGCCAGCUGCACAGGACAGCCCUCUCCUCGGUGUCCCCAGCACUGGAGGGAAUACAAGUGUGACCUGGAGGAAGCUGGUGGCCCCACCUUCAAGAUGGAAGGGGUCACUGAAUUUAAGGACCGACUGGUAGGGGGCCUGCCUUCUUCGCUUGAAGAAUAUUCGUCUCACCUGGGACUGCUCACAUCUGAGAAGGCCUCCACCCCGAGCCUCAGGGCCGUCGGCCAGGGCGCCCCUCGUCCCUGAACAGUGCGGCCUCUUCCGGCUACUCGUGCUUUCUGUCCCGUCUUUUCCCUUUUCCCAACCUCCUGGAUCUGCGCCUGCCUGUGCGUUCUUAGACCACACCUGUCGGCCUGCCUUAGGGCCCCGCACGCCACCUUGUCCAGAAAACAACACAAACCCUCCUCCUAAGGAACGGCCGUGAUUCCCGGGCUGUCCUCAGACCCAGGCCGCUGGGCAUUUCCACCUUCUCGUGUUCUACUUUGUCUCGUUCCUCUUUCUGUGUCCCCUAAGUUAGAAGGUAGCGCAUCCUCCCUCCGGUCACCUGAGUCUUCCCCACUCGUCCAGCCGUGUCGAGGCGAGGAUGGGACACAAGACAGGGUAGCUGUCCCCCACGGCGUCCCUGUCUGUCCAUUCUUCUGUCAUUGUGUCUGGCGUGGAGCCAGGUUCACAUAAUAAAAAAUGUUUGCUGAA